UUCCAGAAAAUAUUAGAUGAAAGCAACUAUUACUUCGUCUACCUCUCUUCACCUAGCCGUCUUCUCUGGUCCAUUCUCAAUUCAAUGCCCACUUUCUCGGCAACCAAACAAAGAACUCGACUGACAUUAAAUCGAAUUCCCUCUAAAAUUUUGGGAAACCCUAACGAAUCAAAAUUCGUUCUUUCGAAAAUUUGAUUCCGAGUUUCUCCUCGAAAUUCGAAAAUUGUGUUUGUGAUUUUCCAUAUGAAGAAGAAACCCUUUGAAUUAGACCCAGACUCAUUCUACCUCCAAUCCCAGCAAAUAAAUCCCAAAUCUUUGCUGUUCGAAUCCUAAUUCUCAUCGACCGCCAUGGAUCCCCAUCAGCUGCUUUUGGCAGUACCCCCUUUCGCCUCCGCAAACCAAACCCUCUCUCCUCCUCCAUCAUCCGAUGAUGGAAGCGGCGGUUUCGAUGAUUUCGGAGCGUGGUAUGGUAAUAUCCAGUAUUUGAUUAACAUUUCGGCGAUUGGGGCAUUCUUCUGCGUCUUCAUAUUCGUCUUCUUAAAGCUUCGCAGUGACCACCACCGCAUGCCUGGGCCUUCUGCUCUACUAACCAAGCUCCUCGCUGUAUGGCACGCCACUGGCCGUGAAAUUGCUCGCCACUGCGGUGCCGAUGCCUCGCAAUUCUUGCUGAUCGAGGGCGGUAGCUGCGGAUUGCUUUUGUCCAUUGCUGUAUUGUCGAUAUUUGUAAUGCUUCCUCUUAAUCUUUAUGGUGGGAAAGCUGUUCUAGCCGAUGAAUUUUCGAAGACGACUAUUAAUCACAUCGAAAAAGGUUCGGCUUUGCUUUGGGUGCAUUUUCUUUUUGUGGUUGUGGUUGUUGGUUUCGUGCACUUUGGUAUUUCUGCUAUUGAAGAACGGUUAAAAAUCACUAGGUUUAGGGAUGGAAAUGGGAAUUUGAGUGACCCAAGCGCAAAUUCUACUGCAAUUUUUACUAUAAUGGUGCAGGGCAUACCGAAAACUUUAGGUUCGGAUAGGACAUUGUUGCACGAAUAUUUUCAGCACAAGUACCCUGGAAAGGUUUUCAGGGUAAUUUUACCAAUGGAUUUGUGUGCGUUGGACGAUUUAGCUUCGGAAUUAGUGAAGGUUAGGGAUGAUAUAACAUGGUUAGUAGCUAGAAUUGACUCUCGGAUCUUGCCGGAAGAUGACCAAGGUGAGUAUUCGAAUGGUUUAUGGGGUCGGUUUCGUUACCUAUGGAAGGUGGUGUGUGAUUUGUGGCAUCAGAUAAUGUCUAGAUUAGGCUAUACGGAUGAUGAUAAGCUAAGAAGAUUGCAGGAAUUGCGAGCUGAGUUAGAGACUGAACUGGCAGCUUACAAAGAAGGUCGCGCACUUGGUGCUGGAGUUACAUUUGUAGUGUUUAAGGAUGUGUACACAGCCAAUAAAGCAGUUCAGGAUUUUCGAAAUGAGAAGAAGAAGCGGAUAGGAAAAUUCUUCUCCCUCAUGGAACUGCGUUUACAGAGGAGCCAAUGGAAAGUUGAGAGGGCACCUUUGGCAACAGAUAUUUACUGGAAUCACUUGGGAUCGUCAAAGCUUUCGCUGAGAUUGCGUAGAGUGUUCGUCAACACAUGUUUACUGUUGAUGCUUCUGUUCUUUAGCUCUCCUCUUGCUGUUAUCAGUGCUGUAAAGAGUGCCGGUCGGAUAAUAAAUGCUGAAGCUAUGGAUAAUGCCCAGUCAUGGUUAGCUUUGGUGUUAAGCUCGAGUUGGCUUGGAAGCCUUAUCUUUCAGUUCUUGCCCAAUGUCAUUGUAUUUGUGAGUAUGUAUAUAGUGAUCCCUUCUGCUCUUUCUUAUCUUUCCAAGUUUGAACGACAUCUCACUGUGUCUGGUGAGCAAAGAGCUGCACUUUUGAAGAUGGUGUGUUUCUUCCUCGUGAAUCUUAUCCUCCUUAGGGCUUUAGUUGAAUCAUCCUUGGAGGGAACUCUCCUAAGAAUGGGGCGGUGCUAUCUGGAUGGUGAAGAUUGCAAGAAGAUUGAGCAAUACAUGAGUGCGUCAUUCUUGUCAAGGUCGUGCCUCUCUUCUCUUGCAUUUCUGAUCACAAGUACUUUCUUGGGAAUUUCUUAUGAUCUACUGGCUCCAAUACCAUGGAUAAAGAAGAGAUUACAGAAAUUUCGGAAGAAUGACAUGCUUCAACUUGUCCCAGAACAAACCGAAGGAUACCCACUUGAGAAUCAGGAAACAGAUAGUCUUCGGAGACCCUUGGUGGCUAAUGGCACAUAUGAUUCUCCAAGGGAGAUUGAGAUUGAUUUUCAGGGACACGAUCUUUCUGUAUAUCCAAUCAACAGAACCUCAACUGCCCCGAAGCAGACAUUUGAUUUCGCUCAAUACUACGCAUUCAAUUUGACAAUAUUUGCCCUGACCAUGAUAUAUGCUUCAUUUGCUCCGCUUGUGGUUCCUGUUGGUGCAGUUUAUUUCGGGUAUAGGUAUGUGGUUGAUAAGUACAACUUCCUCUUUGUUUAUAGAGUAAGAGGCUUUCCUGCUGGGAAUGAUGGGAAGUUGAUGGACACAGUAUUGUGUAUCAUGCGGUUCAGUGUCGAUAUGUUCCUGAUUUCGAUGCUCUUAUUCUUUUCGGUUCAAGGAGAUUCAACGAAGCUGCAAGCUAUUUUUACCCUUGGGUUGCUGGUAAUGUAUAAACUGCUGCCUUCUAAUGGUGAUGGUUUUCAACCAGCUCUUUUGGGAGGCAUACAAACAGUUGACAGCAUUGUCGAUGGGGGGCCUAUUGAUUAUGAGAUCUUUUCACAACCUAAGUUUGACUGGGAUGUAUAUUAUCAGUGAUUUGUAUUGUAUUGCUACUAAUUGUUUUAUUCAACAGAGAAUUAAUGACAACACGAAAAAUUGAAAAUUCUUCCACUGA